AUGGCGACGGAGGAAAUAAGGAAGCGGAAUAGUAAAUCGAAUGGACUAGAAAUGAGUGACGCUCAGAAAAAGGAAGAGCUUAACGAAUUAAAUGGAAAUAUUAAUCAUGAUCUCUUAGACUACAAACCAAACGGUUGGUUGGAAGUCACUCUGUUCAAGAUGGGCCACUCCACCGAGGACUUCAUAAGGAACAACAUCUCCUCCAUGAAGAUCAUCUCUCUGUUUAUUCUGAACGGACUCGUGAUCGGCUUCUUCUUCGCCUGCAUGUAUUACUGGAUGUAUCACGAUAACGAGCCGUUAGAGCUAUGUUUUGGCUUCGGCAGUCUCAUAGCGUUCCUGGGCAUCAUAUAUUCCUUCCUCAUCUAUUUCCAAAUCAUAAAAAGAUUCUUUGGGAACUGGUUCGAAAGGACCAUAUGGAGUAAGGUUGAUAGUAUCUCAUCAUUUUUAUGGGAAUAUGUCCUAUUCAGAUGGUGUCUUUGUUUAGCAGUUGUAGCAGCAAUUGGUGUAUUCUUAUAUAUUGACACAAAAGACGAUCCACAACGUCUCACAUCCUUGCUGGGUAUAUCAUUCCUAUUAAUUCUAGGUUUCGUGUUCUCUCUUCAUCCCGGUCGUAUUAAUUGGCGCACGGUCAUCGUUGGUUUCCUGAUGCAGUUCCUGUUUGGACUGAUAUUCAUCAGAUGGGACAGCGGUAGGCUGGCUCUGCGAUGUUUCUCCGAUAAAGUCGCUACGUUCUUGAGUUAUGGUGUGGACGGAGCUGAGUUUGUAUUCGGUGAACUCCUUGUUAAGACUGAACAAGUCUUUGCGUUUAGUACACUGCCAGUGAUAUUCUUCUUUAGUAUGCUGGUAGAAGUUCUAUUCUUCUGGGGAGCACUUCACUGGUUCUGUCUCUCAUUGGGUCGUAUUUUACAAUCUGCUACCAAGACCACAGUGUGUGAAAGCAUAAUUGCCGUGGGAAACAUGUUCUUAGGCAUGACAGAAUCAAUUUUAUUGAUAAAACCUUAUAUGGGAGUGAUGACUGCCUCCGAGCUACACGUUGUAAUGUCGUCAGGAUUUGCAACAGUUUCUGGGACAAUGCUGGCAGCGUAUAUUGGUUUCGGAGCUGAGCCGGCCCACUUGGUGACUGCGAGUGUGAUGUCAGCGCCGGCCGCGCUCUGCUUCUCCAAGUUGGUAUAUCCUGAGACAAGACGAUCUCUCACCACUGUAGACAACAUACCACGUGUGGAGAGAUUAUACAUUUUGCCUCCUCUAAUGACAACUGACAAGUCAGGCUCACAAAAAAUUCUACAACUCCUGCUUAGUGACUUUCGUCGCAAAAAACUCUUAAAUAUAAUUUAUGAUAAGCUUCAAUUUAUUUUAAUCCAAAGACAGGAUCAAUCAGCGCUGUCCGCAGCGACUCGUGGCGCAACCAACGGUAUACAACUGGUUCUCAAUAUCAUCGCCAACCUGGUUGCAUUUGUGGCGUUCAUCGCCUUCGUCAACGGCUUUAUAAGUUACUGCAGCGGGUUACUUGGUAACCCUGAUAUAAAUCUGGAGUGGAUAUUCGGCAAGAUCUUCAUACCGUUGUGUUGGCUGAUGGGUGUUCCGUGGGAGGAGUGCGAGCUGGUGGGAUCUCUGAUAGGUCUCAAGACAGUCGUGAACGAGUUCGUGGCGUACCAGCGCAUGGGAGAGAUGAAGCGAGAGGGCCUGCUGUCGCCGCGGUCCGAACUGAUCGCGACCUACUCCCUGUGCGGCUUCACGAACCCUUCGUCAGCUGGUAUCAUGAUCGGAGCCAUCUCCGCGAUGGCGCCCAACCAGAGAGAGACACUAUCCAGUUUGGCUGUGAGAGCAUUUUUCACGGGUUGCGCAAUAUGCUUCAUGAACGCGUGUAUAGCAGGUAUAUUAAUGCCAGACGGCUCGUUCGGUUAA